UUGAGACGCCAUAUUGGAACCAUUUUAGGGGGGGGAGGAACAAAAAACACUAUCCCGUUUUUAAAAACAAAUCGUGCGGCUUUUAAAAAUAAUUCACCCAUACUCGAAAUGUUGUACUUGGAGGAUUACUUGGAAAUGAUCGAACAACUUCCCAUGGAUCUGCGCGACAGGUUUACGGAAAUGAGAGAGAUGGACCUGCAAGUACAGAAUGCAAUGGAUCAGUUAGAACAAAGGGUGAAUGAGUUCUUUGUCAAUGCCAAAAAAAACAAGCCAGAAUGGAGAGAGGAACAGAUGGAAGCAAUCAAGAAGGACUAUUAUAAAGCCUUGGAAGAUGCUGAUGAGAAGGUCCAGUUAGCAAAUCAAAUUUAUGAUUUGGUGGAUAGACAUCUACGUAAACUGGACCAAGAACUUGCCAAGUUUAAAAUGGAGCUUGAAGCUGAUAAUGCUGGAAUUACAGAGAUAUUAGAAAGGAGAUCUUUGGAGCUGGACAAUCCACCUCAGCCAGUUAAUAACCACCACGCUCACUCUCACACGCCAAUAGAAAAACGGAAAUAUAAUCCAUCUAGCCACCAUACUACAGAUCAUAUUCCCGAGAAGAAAUUCAAGUCAGAAGCUCUUUUGUCUACCCUUACAUCAGAUGCCUCAAAAGAAAAUACGCCAGGAUGCCGUAAUAGUAAUUUAACAUCGACUUCUAACAGUGUCUACAAUAUUAAUUCAUCACAGCCUCUCAGUUCAUAUAAUCUUACCUCAUUAACUCCAGGAGCAGGUCCUGGAGCUGCAGCUAUUACAAUGGCAGCAGCCCAAGCUGUUCAAGCAACAGCACAGAUGAAGGAAGGGAGGAGGACAUCUACUAUAAAGGCCACUUAUGAAGCAUUUAAAAACAAUGACUUCCAACUUGCACGAGAGUUCUCUAUCUCAAGGGAAUCUACAGGAUAUUCCUCAACGCUAGCAUCCACCCUGACACAAACAUUAUCAACAUCAGCCACAGAUUCACGCAGCGGUCGAAAAAAUAAAAAUAGCAACAAGUCCUCGAAUCACCAGUCCUCCUCAUCAUCUUCAUCGUCAUCUUCCUCCUCCUCUUCUUCUGUAGUAGCGCAGGAGAUUCCUCAGCAGACCCCAGCUUUACCAGAGUCUGAUUCCAAUAACCAAGUGGAUUGGACAUAUGAUCCUAAUGAGCCUCGUUAUUGUAUCUGCAAUCAGGUGUCAUAUGGUGAAAUGGUAGGGUGUGAUAAUCAAGAUUGCCCCAUUGAGUGGUUCCACUAUGGAUGUGUUGGACUGACAGAAGCUCCAAAAGGAAAAUGGUACUGUCCACAAUGCACAGCAGCAAUGAAAAGGCGUGGCAGUCGCCACAAAUGAUCUCCAAAAGCAGAGGAAUUAGUUAGACUGGUGCUUUGUCCAAACAUGCAAACUUUAAAUAGAACAUUGAAUGAGAGCAACAUCAGCUGCAAUAAGUGACAUUUUGCAGUGCACUUAUUUAUGUUCCUAUUUGAGAAUAUAAGGCUUAUUGAUGAAACUUGGAUUUUGCAUUGAUUUUUUUUGUGUAAAACACCAGAUGACUAUCUAUCUUUAUUCAAAUAUUCUCAUAAUAAACAAUCUAACUGAAGCAAAAAAAACUAAAUAUAUAAUCAAUAUUUGUUUAAAGAUGCUUUACUUUUGUGUUUAAUUAUUACUUCUGUGAAACUUAAAAGUUCAGCUGGCUGAAGUAAAAUGCAAUAUUGGCAAUAAAUCUUGUAGAGCUGGCAAAGGUAGUGUCCUCCUGAUACCUGAACAAACAUUUCUAUAUCUUGUGAAUGCCAGUUUGCCAUUAGUGUUCAAUGUUUUGGUGCAGCACGUUUGAUAUAAAUGAUAUAAGAAUAAAGUUAUCAGUAUGUCUUUGAUACAAAUUGAAAAAUGUUAUGACUUAUGUAUGUGGAAAUGCGUUUUUUUUCCAUUUGUAUUAGAUAUGACAUUAGUGUUUAACCAGUAAAACCCUUUAUGAUCGGUCAA